GACAUUUCGAAUGGCUGGUUAUGCCUUUUGGCCUUGCGAAUGCCCCGGCCACAUUCCAAGCGGUUAUGACAACGGAGUUCCGACACGUGCUGGAUAGAUUCGUACUCAUCUACCUCGACGACAUCUUGGUGUACAGCCGGAGUUUGGACGAGCAUGUGGAGCACCUGCGCACCGUUUUGGAGCGGCUAGGACAAGCCAAGUACAAAGCCAACCGCGACAAAUGCGAAUUCACGCGGCAAGAGUUGGAGUACUUGGGACAUUAUGUGACGCCGCAAGGCAUCCGUCCGCUAGCGGACAAGAUCGAGGCCAUCCGCGAAUCCGACUCGAAGAUGAAACCAAGUUCGGCUCGGCAUCAACAAACGGGCGGGCUAAUGGAGCGGGCACAUCAAGCCGCUCAAAUGAUGCUUUGUACGCUCAUCCGUCCGGAUCAGAAGGAUUGGGUUGAUCGCCUCCCCGACAUCGAGUUCGCCUACAACACUUCGUUGCAUCUGGCAAUCGGCGUGACUCCAUUCGAGUUGCACCACGGUGGUCGGAAAGGCCGUAUCUUCGCUGAUCUUCUCCUCCCACGAACAACCGACAUAGACGCUGCUUGCUCCCCCGCUUCCGUCCGGAAGUACAGGGAACUGCUAGCUCAAGCCCGCGCGAACAUGCGAAAGGCUCAAGUCCGCAUGCAGCAGCAAGCCAACAGGCGUCCCGUGACAUGUCCUAUCCACGCCGGUGAUCUGGUGUGGGUCUCCGCGGAAGAGUUUGCACUCGAGCAGGAUGUUUCACGCAAACUGCUUCCCAAGUGGUUUGGACCAUGCCCCGUAACAUCAGCCGCGGACGAUGAGCCUUAUGGCCCCUCAUUUGUGAUCAACAUCCCCCCGCAUCUGACGGUCCAUCCAGUCUUUCACGCCUCAAAGCUGGCGACAUAUACACCACCCAAGACCGACGACUUCCCGAGCCGAAGAUCGCAAGAUCCUCCAUCUAUGGACGGUCAUCAGGAAGUUGACCGCGUCAUCACGGAUCGCAAGUACGGCAGCAAGCCUCAACAGUACAAGGUUACAUUCAAAGCAUGCGAUCCCGACGACACUCGAUGGAUUUCAGGAGCAGAUUUGAGAACAUCCGCACCGCUGAUCUACGCUCACUACGAGUGACAAAGGUUAGCUAAGGGAACGUCACGACCUGCCCCUCCCUCCCUCCGACAGACAGCUUCGCCCUCGCUUGUAAGCUCGGUCUUUCAAGGAGGGGGGGGUGUGGCAUACUGCGCAGCCACACGGGCCUGCAGGGCCUGACCAGCGUUCGCAACCUAAAAGC